CUCUCCAACGAUAAGUAUAAUGCCAUAGUCUGCAUGCUGUCAGAUAUGCGUGCACAUGUGGUGAGCGACCCAAGGGGGUUUAAGCUAGAGGGGAGAGGCAGGGGAUCAGCAAAGACUUCAAGAAGGAUGGAACAUCUAGGCUGGGCUUUCAAGGGUGGGGAGGGAUUUUCCAGGCAGAGAGGGAAGGACUAUCUAGGCCCAGCAACAGCAGCAGCAAAGGUGUGGAGUGCCUGGUUGUGCUGGUCCUUUGGAUGAUACCCAGGAGUCUGGUACUGCUGCCGUGGAGGGAAGGGGGCUGGGUAGGUGGGAGAUGACCAAAUGAUGAAGAUGCCUGAAUACCUUGCACACUCCUGCUGGGAACAUGAGCCUCAGCCCUUACCACCUAUCCACAUCCUGGAAGGCAAACUCUCAGUUCUUUCCAUCAUGUGUCUUACAUGCCUGUUUAGUUUUCCAGCCGCUUUCCUCCCUGGUAAACCCUCCUCCUUUUGGCCUAGUCUGAGCCAAAUCUGGUGAGACAGGCACCGUGCUCCCCCCCAUCUCCCAGCAGGCCAUCCUUUUGCCUGGCGAGGAUCUCUUAGGAGGGAGGCAACUCAGUCCCCAAUAUCACCCAGGAGGUACCAAUCCCUUGGUGCAAGGCCCCAUGGGUGCAGUGGGGUCUGAGAAUCCCCAGAGUCCAGAGGCGGCAGAGGCACAGCCCCAACGGGCGAGUGGCUAGGUGCGAGCAGGGGCGGGGUCACUCCCCUACCUGUAGAUUGAGCCGAAGCGUCGGUAAGCAUUCCUGCGAAAAACGGAGGAGGAAGGUGAGCCCGAGGUGGGGAAGGGCGACCCUAUCCAGGAACCUCACUCCCAUCUCCAGAAGCGCCAUCCCACCAGAAGGAUUACUAAAGUCCACCCUCGUCCCACCUAAGGCCUCCACUCCGAAAGGGUGGGGUUGCCAGGGGGGACUGGGCGACAGGGUGUUCCGUUUGAUAGGAAUUAAACACCCAUUCAUUUUGAGACUGCAAUUUUUUGGAGGUGUAUUGGAGCCCAGCAGUUCUUCCCAGGUCUCACAGUUUCAAGAGUCACUAAGUGUACUCUGAAGAAGAUGGCCAUGUACUCUGAGGCCCAUCCUCCCUCCCUGAGGUAUGGGGUCCCGGGGCCUGUGCCGUCACUUACAGGGUGUCGAAAGGCAGGGGCUUCUGUCCGUAGCGGUCCAGGCUGGGGUUCUGGUUGAGACAGUACUGGCGCAGGGCCAGAGGAAUGGGGGGUCCGUGAAUCUAGGGGGACACUGACCCCCGCCCCCGCCCCGCACAUUGCUCUCUGCCGGAGAUCUUAGCCCUGGGGACUGGGAAACCCUGCCUGGGCGUCCUUUCCCCUCCCCGACCCCCGUGUUAGCCUCUUCUUCCCCACCCCCUGGUCCCCAGGGACAGGUCAGCGCGCAGCCCUCCUUACCCGCCAGUUCUGGGUCACCUCGGGCUUCAAGUACCGCACCGCGUAGCCACUGAAACUCUCCACUGCGGAGAGACCGCCCAUAGGCAGCCCCCAGCCCUCCGCGGACAAACUCCGCCCCCGCUCUUACCUGAGCCCGCCCCUAGAUCAAACCACGCCCACACACUUGUUCUUUGAGCCAGUCCCGCCUCCCCUGCCCCGCCAGAACAAGCCCCGCCUCCAAACCCUGCCCCAAGGGCCCCAGAACCAGCCCCGCGCGCAGCCUCCGCCCCAAUGGCGUCCUCUGGCGUGGGCCUGGCCCCUGCCUCCUCCACAAGACGAACCCCACCUCCCUGUCCCUCAGCCCAUUUCGGUCCCGCUCGCUCUCUGUGCCCAGCUGCUCCUCAGCUUCCCCGCUGUCCUUGCCACAGCCCACCUGAUGCCGCCCCCCUCAGCCCCCAGCCGCAGUUGGCUUCCCGGGUCUCUCCCGCCUUAUGGCAUCCUCCGCGCCCAGUAGACUGACCCCUCUUGUUCAGGCAGGGCAACUUGAACUCGCCAGCCGAGGACACGAAGCGGGACCAGUCCUCAAUGGCGCGAGUGAAACAAGGCCAGUCCACCCGGUUGAUGCCCGGCGCGAUGGGUACCAGCUUUCCCUCAUGGCACCUGUUUCGGAGUCGCCGGCCGGUUUCGGUGAUGUCCUGCCGGGCGAUGGGAGUCAGGGCCGCGUGGUAGGUGCCGAAGCCUGGGGGGCGACCCAGACCGCCCCAUAGACAGGAGCUGAUAACUUGGCCCAUCUGACCCAUGGGCCUGAUGGAGGGCCUUGAAGCCCCUAAAGGAGAUGGGAAGGGGGAAGGGCCACAAGCAGGCAGCUGGAGAACCAGAGGUACUUGGGGCUGGGCACAGGCAGGGCCUUCACACCGUCUCCCCUGAGCAAACCCAGGGCCAGAAGCAAAGGACACUCACCAAGCACUGCAGAGGUUUAUUGGGGACACCGAAAAGUGUGAAGUAGGCGUUGUCAAAGUCAUCUGAGGAAGAAAAAGGAGGGAAGAGGUAGGUGUCUCCUCUACUUUGGACCCGAGUCCUACUUCUGGGAAUUUAUCCCACAUUACAGGUACACAACUGGGAAAUGAUAUGAGUAAAAGAUCUACCCAUUUCAACAUUGUUCGUAAGAGAAAAUGGCCGGGAAUAGCUCAAGUGUCUCGUUCAAGGACUUGUUAAAUACACUCUGAUACAUCCUGGCUAUGCAGCUACUUAAAAUAAACAGGAAAUUCUCGAUACAGGAACUCCAAGGUGCAGAAGAGUAUAUGCUGUAUGCUACCUUUUGCUUUAAAGCACAAAACUGAGGAGACUGGAGGCAGAGAAGAAUAUACAUUCAGGUCAUCACCUUAACUAUGUCAUCAAACUUGGCAUCACGAAUAGCAGGAUAACAACAUUAUGUGCCUCCUGCUGAAGCACUAUGGCAAGCAUGCAAGAUUCUGGCCAGCGAUGUUUUACCUGGUUAAUCAAGCCUCCCCAACCAGCUUCUCGUUUACAGAAAACAGUCAAGGCACCCCCACCUCCACACCCAAGCCGCUCAAUGGAUGAAGACUUACUCCUUGGGCCUAUGUGGCCUUUUCACCCCAAAGACGCUCAGGUCCUCCUCCCAUUCACGGCCCAGCUCUGGGACCAUGGCCGACCGGACAGAGCCCAAGGCAGGGGCUACUGAGGUCCUGCCAAGCUGCAGAAGACUCUGGCCCAGAGAGACUCUGCCUGAGUCCUGGAUCUGAAGCUGGAGGGCUGGGGUGUGCCUCCUGCCACUGCUGACUGACAGUUGACAAGCCUCUGCCACCUAGAGUCUCCCAGGAUCACAUGGAGACAUCAAGCUGUUAUUCUCCCACCGGCCACCCUGUGGCUUGGUCAAGGCAUCAGGAUGUGGAGCUGGGUCCAGAGGGUGCUGCCUCAGCCCCCAGGGACCCCUCAGAAGACAAAGAUGGAGGAGGAGGAGGAGGGGGCAGAACCAGAACCGGAGGCGGAGCUGGAACCAGAGCCGGCGCCUAAAACAGCUCUGAAGGAGGCCGAGCUAGGGGAGGAAUCCCUGCCACCGGAGGAGCCAUUUGAGGGGGAGGAAGUGGCUACAGCUGAGCCAGGCCCUCAGGAAACCCAGGAGGCUGCCCCUACUCCACCCACAUCCCUCCAAGCCCAGGUUGCUGUGGUUCCCAAAGUGAACAGCACUCCCAGUGGCUGGGUGCUGACCUGGCUCAAGAAAGGCAUGGAGAAAGUUGUCCCACAGCCGGUCCUCAGCAGCGGGCCAGCCCAGACCACUGCUGCUGGCUUGGAAGGCCCCACCCAGGCAGGAGCACAGAUCCCUGGGCAAUGCAGCAAUGGGAACUCAGAUGGACUCGAUGUGGCCCCUGGGGCCCAGGACACUGGGCCUGGGCCCUGGCUGCUCAGGUGGCUUGAGCAGAAUCUGGAGAAAGUGCUGCCUCAGCCCCCCCAGAGCUCCAAGGACUGGGGAGAUGAGCCUGCAGAUGCUGCCUUGGGCCCAGACUCCUGCUCUGCCUGCUGCUUAGAGCCCCCAGGACCCCCUUUGGAAAGGGAGCCCAUGCUGCAGGCCCCGGAGAGCCCCAACAUGCCCACUGCUGGCCCCCUGGAGCCCAAGGAAGAGCCACCUUCAGAGCCCCAGGCCACCUUCCAUGCUUCCUCCUUGCUGCCUGCUGGGGACCCUGCCAGGUUGAUGGCUUGGCUCCGGCACAGGCUGGAGAUGGCCCUGCCGCAACCCGUGCCCCAUGGGAAGGCUGGUGAGCAGGAACCUGAUUCCCCUGUGGCGUGUGACGUGCAGACCGUCUGCAUCCUCCCUGGAGGCCAAGAGGAGCCCGAUCUCGUCCUAGAAGAGGUUGACCCUCACUGGGAGGAGGACGAGUAUCAGGACCGGGGCACCAGUCCGCAGGGCUCAGAGGCAGCUCCAGCUUAUGAAGAGGAGAAUGAGGCCAUGGAGGAGAUGCCCAGGGAGCUGCCCCAGAUUCAAGAGGAGAGAGAAGAUGAGGAGGAAGAUGGAGAGGAAGAGGAAGAAGAGGAGGAGGAGGAGCCUAAUGUCCUGCUGGAUAGCUGUCUGGUGGCACAGGCUGGCGAGCACCCGAGCGGAGUAGGCAGGACCCAGCCCCAGGAGGCCGCCCACCAGGAGCCACAGGAGGAGGCCGUGGCUGCCAGCCCAGAAGUGCCUGCUACAGAAGAGCACCCGGAAGUGCAGGUGGAAGAUGCCGAUGCUGACGGCCACCCCGUCAUCUUGGAGAACCCUCCCUCACCCGAGCUGCCGCCACCUUCUCCUGCCAAAUCGGACACCCUUACGGUCCCGGGAUCUGCCGCAGGGACCCAAAGGAAGGGGCCGCCCUCCCAGGAUGAUGAGGCUGAAGAGCUCAAGGCACUGUCGCCAGCUGAGUCUCCCAUGGUCGCCUGGUCAGACCCAUCCAGCCCGCAGGGCACUGAUGGCCAGGACCGCGCAACCUCCACGGCCAGCCAGAACAGCGCCAUCAUCAACGACCGGCUCCAGGAGCUGGUGAAGCUUUUCAAGGAGCGGACAGAGAAGGUGAAGGAGAAGCUCAUCGACCCCGAUGUCACGUCUGAUGAGGAGAGCCCCAAGCCCUCUCCAGCCAAGAAAGCCCCAGAGUCGGCCCCGGCGGUAAAACCCACUGAAGCGGGACAGGCGGAGGAAGAGGAACACUAUUGUGACAUGCUCUGCUGCAAGUUCAAGCGCCGCCCCUGGAGGACGUACAAGUUUCCCCAGAGCAUUGACCCGCUGACCAACCUGAUGUACAUCCUGUGGCUGUUCUUCGUCGUGCUGGCGUGGAAUUGGAACUGCUGGCUGAUUCCCGUGCGCUGGGCCUUCCCCUACCAGACGCCAAACAACAUCCACCUCUGGUUGGUGAUGGAUUAUCUGUGUGACCUCAUCUACUUCCUGGACAUCACCGUGUUCCAGCUGCGCCUGCAGUUUGUCAGAGGGGGAGACAUCAUUACGGACAAGAAGGAGAUGCGCAAUAACUACCUGAAAUCUCGUCGCUUUAAGAUGGACGUGCUCUGCCUCCUGCCCUUGGACUUUCUCUACUUGAAGUUCGGUGUGAAUUCCCUCCUGCGCUUGCCCCGCUGUUUGAAGUACAUGGCCUUCUUCGAGUUUAACAGCCGCCUGGAAUCCAUCCUCAGCAAAGCCUACAUUUACAGGGUGAUCAGGACCACGGCUUACCUGCUCUACAGUCUGCAUUUGAACUCAUGUCUGUAUUACUGGGCGUCAGCCUAUCAGGGCAUCGGCUCCACUCACUGGGUUUACGAUGGCGUGGGAAACGGCUACAUUCGCUGUUACUACUGGGCUGUGAAGACCCUUAUCACCAUUGGUGGGCUGCCUGACCCCAAGACACUCUUCGAAAUUAUCUUCCAGGGGCUGAACUAUUUCACCGGUGUCUUUGCUUUCUCUGUGAUGAUCGGACAGAUGAGAGACGUGGUGGGGGCCGCCACUGCAGGGCAGACCUACUACCGCAGCUGCAUGGACAGCACAGUGAAGUACAUGAACUUCUACAAGAUCCCCAGGUCCGUACAGAACCGUGUCAAGACCUGGUACGAAUACACCUGGCAGUCCCAAGGCAUGCUGGAUGAGUCAGAACUGAUGGUGCAGCUUCCGGACAAGAUGCGGUUAGACCUCGCCAUCGAUGUGAACUAUAACAUUGUCAGUAAAGUGGCUCUCUUCCAGGGCUGUGACCGACAGUUGAUCUUUGACAUGCUGAAGAGGCUUCGUUCUGUCGUCUACCUGCCCAAUGACUAUGUGUGCAAGAAGGGGGAGAUAGGCCGAGAGAUGUACAUCAUCCAGGCAGGAGAGGUGCAAGUCUUGGGUGGCCCUGAUGGGAAGGCCGUGCUGGUGACGCUGAAGGCUGGAUCUGUGUUUGGAGAAAUAAGCUUGCUGGCUGUUGGUGGCGGGAAUCGUCGCACCGCCAAUGUGGUUGCCCACGGGUUCACCAACCUCUUCAUUCUGGAUAAGAAGGACCUGAAUGAAAUUUUGGUGCAUUAUCCUGAGUCUCAGAAGUUACUCCGGAAGAAGGCCAGGCGCAUGCUAAGAAAUAACAACAAGCCCAAGGAGAAGAGCGUGUUCAUCCUUCCUCCCCGGGCAGGCACCCCCAAGCUGUUCAACGCCGCCCUGGCCAUAGCAGGAAAGAUGGGCGCCAAGGGGGCAAAAGCCGGCAAGCUUGCCCACCUGAGGGCCCGGCUCAAGGAACUGGCUGCGCUGGAGGCAGCAGCGAGGCAGCAGCAGUUGCUGGAACAGGCCAAGAGCUCGCAAGACACUGCGGGAGAGGCGGGAUCCGCCGCCCCAGACCAGCCAGCACCGCCAGAGCCCCCAGCCCGCAGCUCUCCGCCACCUGCCUCCCCUGAGAGGCCCGAGGAAGGCAGGGAAGGGGCGGCUGGGCCGGAGGAGCACUCGGUGCAGAUCCGCAUGAGCCCAGGCCCAGAUCCCGGUGAACAGAUCCUGUUGGUGGAGAUCCCGGAGGAGAAGGAGAUCCCCGAGGAGGAGGAGAUCCCGGAGGAGAAGGAGAUCCCGGAGGAGAAGAAGGAGAUCCCGGAGGAGAAGAAGGAGAUCCCCGAGGAGAAGGAGAUCCCCGAAGAGGAGGAGAUCCCCGAAGAGGAGGAGAUCCCGGAGGAGAAGGAGAUCUCGGAGGAGAAGAAGGAGAUCCCGGAGGAGAAGAAGGAGAUCCCCGAGGAGAAGAAGGAGAUCCCCGAGGAGAAGGAGACCCCGGAGGAGAAGAAGGAGAUCCCAGAGGAGAAGCAGGAGGCCGAGUGAGGCUGCCGCCAGCGAGCCACUUCCGGCAGGUGCAGGCGCGUCCCGAGCAAUGCGCCCCUCUCCUACAGGCCCAGACUCCCGGACUCAGUAGCGUCUGUCGUUCUGGCCCAGCGGGCUUCUGCCAAGGCUGGUUUUGAAGUCAACAAAUGUCGUUAGUGUCCCUGAGUUCCCACCAUCACCUGAGAACCCUACAUCUUCCGACUGUUAUUUUUAAAAACAAAAUUCUUUUCUAUUUAAAAAGUUUGUGGGGAAAGGCUAGGCAGAAUGGGACUCCAACCCUCCGGGAAGCUUUGUUGGAGACGAAAGCGUUAUUGAAUGUUUGGGUUUCAAUCUCCCACAUUUCAAGGAUAGAAAACCUGCCAGCAGGUGGGAAGCCUGGCUGGCUCAGUGGGUAGAACAUGGGACCCUUGAUCUCAAGGUUGUGAGUUCAAGCCCCACAUUGGGUGUAGAGAUUAAAACAAAAACAGCUUGUCAGCAGAAGGGUAGUUAUGGUCUGCUGCUCAUUUGACUAAAUGGGAACUGUGGCUCACCUGACCUGAUUAGGGACAGGAUGCCCAUUAGGGUAGUUAAGCAUGGAUCUGUCCCCGGGUUGCAUUCAGUUCUGAGUCCGAUGUCUUCACCUAGUUCUGGUCUGCAGGGAUUCAUGCUUGCUUACUUUAACACCCUUGCCAUAGAGAUGAUGGUGGCAACUUCCAUUAAUCCUGGAAGACAAAAUUACAGCUGACACCACUGAAGUUCCUGAUGCUUCCCCAGAUCAAGUCAAGUCAUGUUGCUUUAAUGAUUCAAAAUAAAAGGGGGGGAGGUGGGAUGGGGAGGAGUCCUCAGUCACGGAAUAUUGGGAGGAUUUCAUUUGCAUAUCUAAUGGCUCUUGGGGGAGUGGGUGAUUAAACACAAAAACCCGUCCUGGGCCAUUUGUUUCCACCAGCAACAAUGAACACAAAAAGCCCCGGAAUUCCAAUAGGUACUGCCCAUUUUAUAUAAAAUUGCAGGACAUUGUGAACUGCUGAAGAGGCCUUUGAGGGCUUACAAAUGUGUGUAUUUGUCUAUCGGCCUAAAACCAGAACAUUCAUUUCCCCUGUGAAAAAAAUGAAACAAUAUGGGAGUUCUCAGCCUGGUCUAAACACUUCCAAAUCCCAGGGUAACAAACAGAUUUCUCUAGUUGAUGACAUACCAUGUGAUCUGAGUAAUCACAUUGUAUAUAGUGAUGAGCAGCAUUAUUUUAGCCUUUUAAAAAGCUUUUAUUAAUUUAUUUUAAUAAAUUUUUAUGGGUAUGAAAGGCUACCUAGUUAAAAUGAUCCCUCCUACCCCUGGUGCCCAACCUCCCUGGUCCCCUUCCUGGAAGCAACCACUAUUACCAAUUUCUCAUGCUCUUCCUUUUUUUUUUUCUUUCACAAAUAAUAACAUACUAGAGCUGCUGUUGUUUUUCAUUUGAUUUAUUCUGAAGAUUCUUUCUUCUUACUAUAUAGAGGGGAUGCUUAUUUUUCAUGCCUACAAUCUAGUCCAUUGUCUGCAAGUAUCAUAACAUUUAACGGCUCUCCAAUUGACAGGCAUUUGCCAUGUUUUCAAUCUUAUGCUGUUAAGAAAUAGUGCUGCAAUUAAAAAAAUCAUAUACAUAACUUCACUGGGAAACACUGUUUUUAAAUAGGGGAAAUCUGGAGGUUUGGGCUAAUUUUUGCUUUACCAUCCCCAAUUAUCAUAUUCAUAUUUACACUACAUAUUCUGUUUUCUUUCUUUUUUGAGAGAGAGAGAGAGACAGAGCGUGAGCGAUGAAGGGGCAGAAAGAGAGGGAGACACAGAAUCCGAAGCAGGCUCCAGGCUCUGAGCUGUCAGCACAGAGCCCGAUGCAGGGCUCAGAUCCACAAACCAAGAGCUUGUGACCUGAGCCCAGCUCGGAUGCUUAACCAACUGAGCCACUCAGGUGCCCCCGCACUUCCUGUUCUAAAUCCAAGCAUAGAGAAUGCUUCCAUUUUUAGCAAGUAUUUCAGAUAUAUCAAUCAAGUCAGUGUAUUACCCUUCAGUAGAUGGCAAAGUGUUUUGAAGGCACCUUCACUGUGAGAUCCUAUUUUAUAAGGAAGCUUUUUGUAUAUGAACAUACUCAUUAUUUUAGAUACCAACUCUUGAAUGUAUACUGCUUAUUAUAUAAAGCGAGAGAUUCUUGAGGUUUUCCAAGAACUGUCCUGGAAAUAAAAUUGAUUUCUUUUCUUUUCUUUUUCUUUUUCUUUUUUUAAUUUACAUCCAACUUAGCAUAGAGUGCAACAGUGAUUUCAGGGGUAGAUUCCUUAAUGUCCCUUACCCAUUUAGCCCAUCCCCCCUGCCACAACCCCCUCAGUAACUGUUCUCCAUAUUUAAAAGUCUCUUAUGUUUUGUCCCCCUCCCUGUUUUUAUAUUAUUUUUGCUUCCCUUCCCUUGUGUUAUCUGUUCUGGUCUUAAAGUCCUCAUGAGUGAAGUCAUAUGAUAUUUGUCUUUCUCUGACUCAUUUCGAUUAACAUAAUACCUUCUAGUUCCAUCCAUGUAGUUGCAAAUGGCAAGAUUUCAUUCUUUUUGAUUGCCGAGCAGUACUCUAUUGUAUAUAUAUAUACAUCUUCUUUAUCCAUUCAUCCAUCGAUGGACAUUUGGGCUCUUUCCAUACUUUGGCUAUUGUUGAUAGUGCUGCUAUAAACAUUGGAUGCAUGUGCCCCUUCAAAACAGCAUACCUGUAUCCCUUGGAUAAAUACAUAGUAGUGCAAUUACUGGGUCAUAGGGUAGUUCUAUUUUUAAUUUUUUGAGGAACCUCCAUACUGUUUUCCAGAGUGGCUGCACCAGUUUGCAUUCCCACCAGCAGUACAAAAGAGAUCCUCUUUCUCUGCAACCUCGCCAACAUCUGUUGUUGCCCAAGUUGUUAAUGUUAGCCAUUCUGACAGGUGUGAGGUGGUAUCUCAUUGUGGUUUUCAUUUGUAUUUCCCUGAUGAUGAGUGAUGUUGAGCAUUUUUUCAUACGUCAGUUGGCCAUCUGGAUGUCUGCUUUGGAGAAGUGUCUAUUCAUGUCUUUUGCCCAUUUCUUCACUGGAUUAUUUGUUUUUUGGGUGUUGAGUUUGAUAAGUUAUAGAUUUUGGAUACUAACCCUUUAUCUGAUAUGUCGUUUGCAAAUAUCUUCUCCCAUUCCAUUGGUUGCCAAAAGUUUUGCUGAUUGUUUCCUUCACCGUCCAGAAGCUUUUUAUUUUGAUGAGGUCCCAGUAGUUCAUUUUUGCUUUUGUUUCCAUUGCCUUUGGAGACGUGUUGAGUAAGAAGUUGCUGCAGCCAAGAUCAAAGAGGUUGUUGCCUGCUUUCUCCUCGAGGAUUUUGAAGGCUUCCUGUCUUUCAUUUAGGUCUCUCAUCCAUUUUGAGUUUAUUUUUGUGUAUGGUGUAAGAAAGUGGUCCAAGUUCAUUCUUCUGCAUGUUGCUGUCCAGUUUUCCCAGCACCACUGGCUGAAGAGACUGCCUUUAUUGCACUGGAUAUUCUUUCCUGCUUUAUCAAAGAUUAGUUGGCCAUACUUUGUGGGUCCAUUUCUGGGUUCUCUAUUCUGUUCCAUUGAUCUGAGUGUCUGUUUUUGUGCCAGUACCAUACUGUCUUGAUACUUACAGCUUUGUAGUAUAGCUUGAAGUCCAGGAUGGUGAUGCCUCCUGUUUUGGUUUUCUUUUUCAAGAUUGCUUUGGCUAUUCAGGGUCUUUUCUGGUUCCAUACAAAUUUUAGGAUUGUUUGUUCUAGCUCUGUGAAGAAUGCUGGUGUUAUUUAAAAAAAAAUUUUAAUGUUUAUUUAUUUUUGAGAGAGAGAGAGAGAGAGAGAGAGAGAGACAGAUUCAGAGUGGGGGAGGGACAGAGAGAGACACACACAGAAUCUGAAGCAGGCUCCAAGCUCUGAGCUGUCAGCACAGAGCCCGACACGGGGCUUGAACUCACGAACCGUGAGAUCAUGACCUGAGCCGAAGUCAGACACUUAACCAGCUGAGCCAGCCAGGUGCCCCAUGGUGUUAUUUUGAUAGAUACUGCAUUGAAUAUGUAGAUUGCUUUGGGUAAUACUGACAUUUUAACAAUAUUUGUUCUUCCUAUCCAGAAACAUGGAAUAUUUUCCCAUUUGUUGGUGUCUUCUUCAAUUUCUUUCAUAAGCUUUCUAUAGUUUUCAGUGUAUAGAUUUUUCACCUCUUUGGUUAGAUUUAUUCCUAGGUAUUUUUUGGUGCAAUUGUAAAUGGGAUCGAUUCCUUGAUUUCUCUUUCUGUUGCUUCAUUAUUGAUGUAUAGGAAUGCAACAGAUUUCUGUGCAUUGAUUUUACAUCCUGCCACUUUGCUGAAUUCAUGGAUCAGUUCUAGUAGUUUUUUGGUGGAAUCUUUUGGGUUUUCCAUAUAGAGUAUCAUGUCAUCUGCAAAGAGUGAAAGUUUGACCUCCUCCUGGCUGAUUUGGAUGCCUUUUAUUUCUUUGUGUUGUCUGAUUGCUGAGCCUAAGACUUCCAAUACUGUGUUGAAUAACAGUGGCGAGAGUGGACAUCCCUGUCUUGUUCCUGACCUUAGGGGGAAAGGUCUUAGUUUUUCCCCAUUGAGGAUGAUAUUAGCGUUGGGUCUUUCAUAUAUGGCUUUUAUGAUCUUGAGGUAUGAUCCUUCUAUCCCUACUUUCUUAAGGAUUUUUAUCAAGAAAGGAUGCUGUAUUUUGUCAAAUACUUUCUCUGCAUCUCAUCUAUUGAGGGGAUCAUAUGGUUCUUGUCCUUUCUUUUAUUGAUGUGAUGAAUCCCAUUAAUUGUUUUGUGGAUAUUGAACCAGCCCUGCAUUCCAGGUAUAAAUUCCACUUGGUCGUGGUGAAUAAUUUUUUUAAUGUGUUGUUGGCUAAUAUCUUGUUGAGGGUUUUUGCAUCCAUGUUCAUCAGGGAAAUUGGUCUAUAGUUCUCCUUUUUAGUGGUGUCUUUGUCUGGUUCUGGAAUCAAGGUAAUGCUGGCUUCAUAGAAAGAGUUUGGAAGUUUUCCCUCCAUUUCUAUUUUGUGGAACAGCUUCAAGAGAAUAGAUGUUAACUCUUCCUUAAAUGUUUGGUAGAAUUCCCCUGGAAAGCCAUCUGGCCCUGGACUCUUGUUUUUUGGGAGAUUUUUGAUUACUAAUUUGAUUUCUUUACUGAUGAUGGGUCUGUUCAAAUUUUCUAUUUUUUCCUGUUUUAGUUUUGGUAGUGUAUAUGUUUGUAUGAAUUUGUUCAUUUCUUCCAGAUUGCCCAUUUUAUUGGUGUAUAAUUAUUCAUAAUAUUCUCUUAUUAUUGUUUCUAUUUCUGCUGUGUUGGUUGUGAUCUCCCCUCUUCCAUUCUUGAUUUUGUUUAUUUGGGUCCUUUCUUUUUUUUCUUUUUGAUCAAACUGGCUAAUAGUUUAUCAAUUUUGAAAAUUCUUUCAAAGAACCAGCUUCUGGUUUCAUUGAUCUGUUCUACUGUUUUUUGUUUGUUUGUUUGUUUUUUUGUUGUUGUUUGUUUUUGGUUUUGAUAGCAUUGAUUUCUGCUCUAAUCUUUAUUAUUUCCUGCCUUCUGCUGGUUUGGGGUUUUAUUUGCUGUUCUUUUUCCAGCUCAUUAAAGUGUAAGAUUAGGUUGUAUUUCUGAGACCUUUCUUCCUUCUUUAGGAAGGCCUGGAUUGCUAUAUACUUCCCUCUUAUGACCACCUUUGCUGCGUCCCAGAGGUUUUGGGCUGGGGUGUUAUCAUUUUAAUUGGCUUCCAUGUACUUUUUAAUUUCCUCUUUAACUUCUUGGUUAGCCCAUUCAUUCUUUAAUAGGAUGUUCUUUAGUCUCCAAGUAUUUGUUAUCUUUCCAUUUUUUCUUGUGGUUGAUUUUGAGUUUCAUAGUGUUGUGGUCUGAAAAUAUGAACGGUAUGAUCUCAAUCUUUUUGUAUUUGUUGAGGGCUGAUUUGUGUCCUGGUAUGUGAUCUAUUCUGGAGAACGUUUCAUGUGCACUGGAGAAGAAUGUAUGUUCCGCUGCUUUAGGAUGAAAUGUUCUGAAUAUAUCUGUUAAGUCCAUCUGCUCCAGUGUGUCAUUCAAAGCCAUUGUUUCCUUGUUGAUUUUUCUGAUUAGAUGAUCUGUCCAUUGUUGUAAGUGGGGUGUUGAGGUCCCCUACUAUUAUGGUAUUAUCAAUGAGUUUCUUUAUGUUUGUGAUUAAUUGAUUUAUAUAUUUGGGUUAUUCCACAUUUGGAACAUAAAUGUUUACUAUUGUUAGGUCUUCUUGGUGGAUAAACCCCUUGAUUUUGAUAUAAUGCCCUUCUGCAUCUCUUGGUACAGUCUUUAUUUUAAAGUCUAGAUUGUCUGAUAUAAGUAUGGCUACUCUGGCUUUCUUUUGGUGUCCAUUAGCAUGAAAGAUGGUUCUCCAUCCCCUUACUUUCAAUCUGAAGGUGUCUUUAGGUCUAAAGUGGGUCUCUUGUAAACAACAUAUAGAUGGGGUCUUGUUUUCUUAUCUAUUCUGUUACCCUAUGUCUUUUGAUUGGAGCAUUUAGUCCAUUGAUGUUUAGAGUGAGUACUGGAAGAUAUGAAUUUAUUGUCAUUAUGUUUCUUGUCGAGUUGGAGUUUCUGGUGGUGUUCUCUGGUCCUUUCUAGUCUUUGUUGCUUUUGGUCUUUAAUUAUUUGUUUUUUAUUUUCAUCUUUUCUCCCCGCAGAGAGUCCUCCUUAAAAUUUCUUGCAGGGCUGAUUUAGUGGUCACAAACUCCUUUAAUUUUUGUUUGGGAAACUUUUUAUCUCUCCUUCUAUUUUGAAUGACAGCCUUGCUGGAUAAAGAAUUCUUGGCUGCAUAUUUUUCUGAUUCAGCACAUUGAAUAUAUCCUGCCACUCUUUUCUGGCUUGCCAAGUUUCUGUGGAUAGGUCUGCCACACACCUGACCUGUCCUCUCUUGUAGGUUAAGGACUGUUUUUCCCUUGCUGCUUUCAUGAUUCUUUCCUUACCUGAGUAUUUUGUGAAUUUGACUAUGAUAUGCCUUGUUGAUGGUCGGUUUUUGUUGAAUCUAAUGGGAUUCAACACUAGAUGAAUGUGCUCUCUGGAUUUUGAUGUCUGUGUCUUUCCUCAGGUUAGGAAAGUUUCCAGCUAUGAUUUGCUCACAUAACCCUUCUACCCCCUUUUCUCUCUCUUCAUCUUCUGAGACCCCUAUGAUUCUGAUGUUGUUCCUUUUUAAUGAGUCACUGAUUUCUCUAAUUCUUAAAUCAUGCUCUUUUGCCUUAAUCUCCCUUUUUUUUCUGCUUCAUUGUUCUCCAUAAGUUUGUCCUCUGUAUCGCUGAUUUCUCUGCUCUGCCUCAUCCAUCCUUGCCACCAUGGCAUCCAUUUGAAAUUGCAGCUCAGUUAUACCAUUUUUUAUUUCAUCCUGGCUAGCUUUUACUUCUUUUAUCUCCACAGAAAGGGAUUCGAAUCUAUUUUCAACUCCAGCUAGUCUUCUUAUUAUCAUGAUUCUAAAUUCUGGUUCAGACAUCUUGCUUGCAUCUGUGUUAGUUAAGUCCCUGGCUGUCGUGUCUUCCUGCCCCUUCUUUUUGGGUGAAUUCCUUCAUUUCAUCAUUUUGAAGGGAGAAAAGGAAUUAAUGAGGUAAAAACAUUUUUUUAAUUAAAAUAAAAAAUUAAACUUAAAAAACUGAAAACAACACACACACACACACACACACACACACACACACUAAAAUUAAAUAAAUUAUGGUAGAUCCUAUGUGUGUUUUGGUCUGGGUGUUGAAAGGAGCUUGAUUAGAGAAAAAAAGGGAAAGAAAAAAAGGAAAUCCUUUGAAAAUUUGAAAAAAUGAAUACACUGCAAUAGAAAUAAAAUGAAACGAUGGAAGUAAAAUAGAAUUUGAAAAAAUUUACACAAAAGUAAAAUAUAUAGUAGAAAAAAAUACAAAUAUUUUUAGUAAAAAUUGAAAAUAAAAAUAAAGUUUUUCUCUUUCUGUAUUCAAGAAAAAGAAACGAAAAAGAGAAAAAAAAGAGAAA